AUGAGCUUCCAUCUUAGCGCCGAAGACAUCCGUAUCGAGGACAACCACAUCCUCGUUGCUCGCCUUCGCAAUGGCAAUGGCGACCUCCAGGAUGCUUCGAUUGAUCUGAACCAGUUCCUCGGAAACGACAACGGCCGCUUCCAGUGGGACGGCGUCAACUUCUCUGAGUCUGCCGAGAAUGUCCACUUCGCCAUCGAGGGCGGUGGUGAGGUCCCCGUCCUGCGGGCUCGCCUGGCCGAUGGUGAGGGCAACUGGCACGACGCCGAUGUGAACCUGUCUGAGCGGGUUGAGAACAUCGAUGGUCGUUUCGAGUUCCACUGA